AUUGUAUUCUUCUUGCUGCUUUACAUCUCCCUGUAUGUUGAAUUGAAAUGUCACCAUCUAGAGUCAGAUUGUCACCACAUGUGCACCUUUCUGUUGAGGAGACUCACCCACAGUGAGGAGCUCAUGCAUGUUGUAUCAUCUCUAACAGGUGCAUUAGUACAGGACAGUCAUUUUAAGGGUAGGAGAAGGAUUCUUACAGUGGUAUUUGUAGUCCUGCUAUAACAUGGUUGAAUGUGGGUCAGGGUGGAGGAAGGUUGUUACUCUGUAUUUGUGAAAUCUGGUUUCCAAGCUUCUUCACUUUGAAACCUAGGAUAUUUUAAAUUAUUGUAUUUUAAUGAGAAGUUUGUGUUUACAACUUUGACAUGUCCUACCCAUAGUGAUGGUGCAGAGCAUAUAGUUUUAUCUCCUUUUCCUUACUGCCAGGAAUGAAUUGUGAUUGCACGGGUCAUACCUAUGUAAUAGGUGGAAACAUUUAUUUGGAUUAUUGGCCUGCCCAUGUGGUGUGAAGUCUGCUUGAAUUUGUUGCUUAAUUUCAAUCUAUAAUUUAUUUCAGAUAUUCUCUGUUGCCAGUUAUGUGUGUUUUGAAGAUGUUACACAAUCUCUUGAGAGACAAAUGCUCCAUCCUCAAUGUGAGAUUAGCUUUUUAUAGUGGAAUACACACAUUAUAGGGAAAGCAAAUGAUAUGCCAAUGGUUGCCAGGUUAAUCUGAGCAUCUCUGGUACUAACUUACAUGAUUUUGUUGUCAUUUUCUUAUUUGAGUUGCCCAUUUCACUUUGCUGUAGCAAAAAGGCAUGCCUGAGCCUUUGUGCAACAGUUGGGCAGAGCUUUGGCCCCAGGUCCUUGAUUUUUAGAAUGGGGGGAAAGGUCCUAAAGAGUACGAAACUUUCACUUGUUUGAUCAAACUGGUCCUCACAAAGUGCUGACGCUGUCUAGCAGGAAGGUGGAUGAAGCAGGUUAGAAACAUACCGUAAACGUUUCUAAUAUCAGAAAUUUUGGGAGGCUUCUUUGAAAACAGCUUCUGUCAGAAGAAUGGCGUCGUCUUCUCUACAAAUUUAUGCAUUGCUGCUGGCUUUAGCAGGAUUCACCAUUUUACUUGUUACUACCAUGUCCAACAGAUGGAAGAUUUCGGACACUGCAACAGUGCUAGUUACUGCAGAUUGGAUUUCUGAAGGUCUUUGGAUGGACUGUGCAGUGACUGGUUUUGGAUCAAUACAGUGCAAGAAAUUUCUCUACAUGUUGAGUUCAGAGACUCAUAUUCAGGCAUGCCGUGCCUUGAUGAUUGCUUCCAUCCUUUUGGGAUUCAUAGCUACUGUACUCUCGCUGCUUGGUUUGAAGUGCACAAAUGUUGGGUUGAGCGAUGAAGAUGGAAAAAUGAAGUUUGCUGUCACGGGAGGAUUUCUUUUUAUUUUAGGAGGUCUCUGCUCCAUGGUGGCUGUUUCUUGGUAUGCUGCGAUGGUUACUGCUCAAUUUUUUGACCCAUUGUACGCUGGAACCAAGUAUGAACUAGGAGAUGCUCUGUACUUAGGCUGGGCUGGAUCUGUUCUUUAUAUGCUUGGUGGGAUCUUACUGACCUGUUCAUGCAAAGGGAAGAAAAAACAGGAUUACAGUUGCAACAAAUAUGCAUAUUCAGCAGGCCAGGCAGCUCAGCAGCAGCACAUUUACACCAAAAAUGCUGAGACAGUCAUAAGCAACAAAGAGUACGUCUAAACUUACCUUUUACAUCACUUGUAAUGUUGGUAGGUUAUGAACUCAAAUAAAGAAGUCAACUGCU